CACCUUGUCACGAUGCGGCGAGCACGACCACGACACGGGCGAUGCGCAUCGCCUGCGCGGCCUGCGCCUGCGCGCGCGCGCUCCGCCCUCGCCCUCGCCCUCCUCCCCUUGCUCGCGGCGCUGCUCCUCGCCCUCCCCUCCUCCGCUUUCUCCCUCCGCCCGCCACACGACACCCGCACAUUGUCAGACGCACAAGUGUCAGCGCUGCUCAACCUGCCCCCCGAACCAUGGAAAGCAGUGGACGCGGGGCACAUGGAACACCUCCUCGUCGAGCGCGUGUCGGGCACGCCGGGCAACAAAAAGGUCCAGAACUACCUCUCCUCCGUAUUCACCAAGCUCGGGUGGCACGUCGAGACGGACACGUUCAGCGCGUCUACGCCGCACGGCGAGGUGGAAUUCACGAAUCUCAUCUACACGUUCGACGCGGCGGCGCCGCGCAAGCUCGUGCUCGCGGCGCACUUUGACUCGAAGUGGUUCGCCGAGGGCGGCUUCAUCGGGGCGACGGACAGCGCCGCGCCCGUCGCCUUCCUCCUCGACACGGCCGAGGCGCUCACCCCGCUCCUGUCUGCGCGGCGCGCGCGCGUCGCCGCCGGCGCGCCGCUGCUCACCGCGCACCUCGACGAAGGCGAGGCGGCGGAGACGAGCCUCCAAAUCGUGCUCUUCGACGGCGAAGAGGCGUUCCAAGCAUGGACCGCCACGGACUCGGUGUACGGCUCGCGCCACCUCGCGGCCAAGUGGGAGACGACGUAUCUCGCCCCCGAGCUCCAGCGGCGCCGGCAGAGCCCGACGCCGACGGUGCUCGACGGGAUCGACGUGCUCGUCCUCCUCGACUUGUUGGGCGCGCCGAACCCGGCUUUGCAGUCGCAUUACCGCGGCACAGACUGGCUGUUCGACGCGCUCGCGAGCGCCGACGCGCGCGUGCGCCCCCUCACGAACAGCUCGGGCGAGUGGUUCGCCGCGCAGCGCGGCUGGGGCGGCGGGAUCGACGACGACCACCGCCCGUUCCUCACACGCGGCGUGCCUGUGCUCCACCUCAUCGCGAACCCGUUCCCGGAGGUGUGGCAUCGCAUGGCGGACAAUAAGGACGCACUCGACCUCGAGACGUGCCGCAGGUGGUGUGCUGUCAUGCGCGUGUUUGUGGCCGAGUACCUCCACCUCGCGCCGGAUGAUGGGGUAGUGCGGCGCGAGGACCGCAGCGAGGAGCCGCAGGGACGAGCUGGUGAGUCCGCGUCGCGGGGGCCGUUGACCCCAGUGAGCGACUUGUAGAGCUAGCCGCAUAGAGUAGGUCAUAUCAUGUACAUUUGGCGAUGGGGCGAGCGGGGGAGGGCGACGAGAAUGAGAGUGCUCUGACUGCUAUGUGAAUGGCGUGGCUGAGGACGACGCAAGGAGGCAGGCAGCUCAUGCCUCUCAGAUCCUCCCCGCUCCUCCGCACGCGCCGACGCCUUCCGCUUGGCCGCCGCCUUCCGCCACGCUUCAUUGCCACAAAGCGCGCCAUACCGGUUGACUGCUGACAACCUCUCUCCCAAGGCCAGUACCACGGCGGUGCUGGCCCUACCUCCCUUCACUCGCUCUCCUUCACCUGCUCUCGUUCACCUCCAG